CUGAAAGUGAAGCUAAGAGCGAUAAUGCUAGCCAUUUCAAUGGCACUACUUCAGCCCCUCGCACGUGCGGUGCGCCCUCCACCUCGCACACGUGUUCGCUCUUGCACCACGGCCAUGUCCAUAGCACCAUCUUCUUCCCCUCGCAGCAACUCGCAGUCUCAGGUUCUCCUUGGCUUGUCCGAAAAGGACCUGCAACAGCUUGCCCUUGACUUGGGUCAGCAAGGCUUUAGGGGGAAGCAACUUUAUCAUCUUAUAUACAAGAGGAAGGUCAGAGAAAUUCAGGAUUUCAUUCAGUUGCCUCAAGCAUUUAGGAAUGAUCUUGAGGAAGCUGGAUGGAAGGUGGGCCGGUCUCCUAUUUUCCGCACUGUCACUGCAGCUGAUGGGACUGUUAAGUUGUUGUUAAAGUUGGAAGACAAUAGAUUGAUUGAAACUGUUGGUAUUCCAGUUGAAGAUGAAAAUGGUCCUGGUCGCCUCACGGCAUGUGUCUCAUCACAGGUUGGUUGCCCCUUGCGUUGCUCUUUCUGUGCCACUGGAAAAGGCGGUUUUUCUAGAAAUCUUCGGGGACACGAAAUUGUUGAGCAGGUUUUGGCCAUUGAGGAAGUCUUCAAGCGCAGGGUGACAAAUGUAGUGUUUAUGGGAAUGGGUGAACCAAUGUUAAACCUGAAGGCGGUACUUGAAGCACACCAUUGCUUGAAUAAGGAUGUGCAAAUUGGGCAAAGAAUGAUGACCAUCUCCACUGUAGGGGUUCCAAAUACAAUGAAGAAGCUGGCUUCUCACAAACUUCAAUCCACUUUAGCUGUGAGCCUACAUGCUCCUAAUCAGAAACUUAGAGAGACAAUAGUUCCAAGUGCAAAAUCCUACCCAUUAGAUGCACUUAUGAGUGACUGCAGGGAAUACUUCCGUGAAACAAAUAGGCGGGUUUCAAUCGAAUAUGCACUUUUAGCUGGAAUCAAUGACGCAGUAGACCACGCAAUAGAACUUGCUAAACUACUACAUCAAUGGGGCCACGGUUAUCAUGUGAACCUGAUACCUUUCAAUCCAAUCGAAGGCUCUGAGUAUCGGCGUCCUUACAGGAAAGCAGUGCAAGCAUUUGCUGAUGCAUUGGAGUCCUCCAAAAUAACAGUUAGUGUACGUCAAACCAGAGGGCUGGACGCAAAUGCAGCUUGUGGUCAGCUACGGAAUAAUUUCCAGAAAAAUCCUUUGGUAACUGAUUCUGACAAUCUGGAAUCCCAGGCUCCAAAUAUGGAUCUUGCAGUAGCCUGUUGAUUGCACUGUGUCAGUUUGUUGGCAGUUUAUGUUAUCAAAAUUCUGCAUAAAUGACAUGCAAUAACAAGGUUGCAGUAAACAGUUGGUGAGAAGUUUGAAGAACCAAAAGAUUAGGAUAAUCUUUAUUACGAAUAUGAAGUUGUUUACUGUUGCUGCAUCAGCGGUAAUGACAACUUUCUUGCCAUCUGAGCAAUGUGGAGAGAUAUCUAUUUGCAUGUUGGCAGUAUUAUUGCUGGAGCAUGCAGGUCUGUGAUAAAAGUUGUUGAAUUCUUUUGCAUCUACAUAGAGAAAUUUCAUAAGAAACAAUCUAUUGGGUUAGGCCUAUAAGAAGUUCAUGUUGUGAAUGUGGGGGAUAGAUAUUUUCCCAUGUAUCGGACCCCUUUUGCUUGAUAUAUAUUUUUAUAUAGCAACUUUUGAUUCAGUGUGUAAAAAUGGAAAUAAUUGGAUU